AUGACGUCAAGAUUGGCUCCAUAUAAGGUGAGGGGUCCGCAGCCCAUGGUCCCCAAGCAGCCACCCAGCUCCGACAUGGCCCAGACGGUCCACAGCCUCUGCUCCACCUUUGGCCUCCAGUGCUGCCUCCUCUUCCUUCUAGCUUCUUGGGAGGCAGCAAAGCCUACAGAACAUGGAGAAAGGACAGCCAAUGGGAACACCACACCAUCCCCAGCAGAGCCUACAGAACAUGGAGAAAGGACAGCCAACGAGAAAACCACACCAUCCCCAGCAGAGCCUACAGAAAAUGGACAAAGGACCCCAUUUGCCAAUGAGAAGACCACAUCAUUCCCAGAAGAGCCUACAGAAAAAAGGAUAGCCAAUGAGAACACCACACCAUCCCCAGCAGAGCCUACAGAACAUGAAGAAAUGACCCCAUUUGCCAAUGAGAAGACCACAUCAUCCCCAGCAAAGCCUACAGAAAAUAGAGGAAGGACAGCCAAUGAGAACACCACACCAUCCCCAGCAGAGCCUACAGAAAAUGGACAAAGGACCCCAUUUGCCAAUGAGAAGACCACAUCAUUCCCAGAAGAGCCUACAGAAAAUAGAGGAAGGAUAGCCAAUGAGAACACCACACCAUCCCCAGCAGAGCCUACAGAACAUGAAGAAAUGACCCCAUUUGCCAAUGAGAACACCACACUAUCCCCAGCAAAGCCUACAGAACAUGGAGAAAGGACACCAUCAGCCAAUGAGAAGACCAUACCAUCUCCAGCAGAGCCUACAAAACAUGAAGAAAUGACCCCAUCGGCCAUUGAGAACACCACACCAUCCCCAGUAGAGCCUACAGAAUAUGGAGAGAAGACUACAUUGGCCAAUGAGAAGAUCACAGUAUCCCCAGAAGGGCCUACAGAACAUGGAGCAAAAACUAUGUUGGCCAAUGAGAAGAUCACACCAUCUGUAGCAGAGCCUACAGAACACGGAGAAAGGACCACAUCACCCAAUGACAAGAUCACCUCAUCUGCAGCAGAGUCUACAGAACAUAGAGAAUGGACUACAUCAGCCAAUGUGAUCACACCAGCCCCAGCAGAGCCUAUAGAACAUGGAGAAAGGACCACAUUGGCCCAUGAGAAGAUGACACAAGUCACAAAAAAGUCUACAGAACACCCAGAAAAGACCAUGUCAACCACAGAGAAAACCACAAGAGCCUCAGAAAAGCCUACACUACACUCAGAGAAGACCAGAUCCACCAAAGAGAAAAACAUAUCAGUCCCAGAAAAGCCUACAGAAAACCCGAGGAACACCACACUGACCACUGAGACCAUAAAAGCCCCAGUAAAGUCCACAGAAAACCCAGAAAAAACAGCAGCAGUCACAAAGACUAUAAAACCUUCAGUCAAGGUCGCAGGAGACAAAUCUCUCACUACUACCUCUUCUCAUUUAAAUAAAACUGAGGUUACUCAUCAGGUGCCCACUGAUUCUUUCACCCUCAUUACACGUAGAACAAAGUUGAGUUCUAUCACAUUAGAAGCCCCAGGCAACAAGAGCCAUCCAUACCUCAAUAAAGAUGACUCACAGAAAGGUAUCCACGCUGGACAGAUUGGGGAGAAUGAUUCAUUCCCUGCAUGGGCCAUAGUUGUUGUGGUCCUGGUGGCUGUGAUUCUCCUCCUGGUGUUCCUUGGCCUGGUCUUCUUGGUCUCCUAUAUGAUGCGGACACGCCGCACACUAACCCAGAACACCCAGGACAAUGACCCAGAGGAUGAGGGUGGCCCCAAUUCCUACCCAGUCUACCUGAUGGAGCAGCAGAAUCUUGGCAUGGGCCAGAUCCCUUCCCCACGGUGAUCUUGGAAUAGGAGCCCAGCCCUGGCUCUUCCAUGCUCUGCCCCUUUCCUGGAUGAGGAACUGGACUCACAAUUUCUAUUUCCUGGACUACAGGAAGGGCAGAGAAUACUGACGGUUACCAGUAUUAACCCUUCCUCUGUUCUUCAUUGAAACUGGUUGGCGAACGAAGUGAUAAGCAAGGAGGAUGUAAGUUUAGGGGUCAAAGAACAAAGAAUGAAUAAUACGAGCAGACAUUCUCUGUAGAAUGUGAUGGUCUGAGAACGAAAAGGUGUUUGAUGGACAUGUUGGGGGACCAAUGCAGAACUGCACUGAGUCCUAAAGAAAGGACAGGAGCCUUAGAAGGCAAUGCCCCAGACUGACUUGUGAGUGGGGAUUAUGGGGAAAGGGAGAGACUGAGGGCAGAGUCUCUGGGUUUCAGGACAGCAUUGUUAUUUCCAUUCACUAUUACUUAAGAGUUUGCAUGUAAACAGGCUCAUCUCUGAGUUCUCAGGACCCUUGCUUUCGCCCCAUUUUCUUAAUAAAAAAACCAAAAAAACAAAACAAACAAAAAAAACGGAUCCAAGAAGAAAAAAGAAUUUAUUUCCUUCUCCACUCUCUCCAUGCCCUGGAGAAAAAAAAAUUCAGAAGAAAUCACAAAUCUCUCUCAUCCACAUGGUUGACCCCUCUUCCUCCCAAAUCCCUUAGUUUUCCUAAACGUCUACAGCGGACACCCUGUUGGUUUGGCUUGCUGGGUUGUGGGUGGACACACAAGGAGGGGAUUUUUGUUUGGCCAGCAGUCUCACCCACUGAUCUCCAUCCCAGACUUUCCCUGAUGGUGUCUCAGCAUUUAUUUUCCUGUCUCUUCCACCAAAGGUCAGCUGUGGCUUUAUGUCGUAAAAGUUACCCAUCUUCUCUACCAUCCCCAUACUCUCCCCUCCCACCUUCACCCCAGAUUCCAAUUUUCCUCCUUGUAGUCAUUUCAUCUAUGUGUUUUCUACAUUUUCUCUCUCUCUCCUUAUGGCCGUUUCACCUUACUACUGAUUGGGCAGAGGGGAAAAGAAGAAUGAUGAUAAUAGUUUCCUUCUACUGACCUUUUUUAUAAUAAAGUAUAACAUGUUUAUAAAGGG